GUGCGGGGAUAACAGGAGUUCUCCCGGCAAGGAUUGCCGAUGCAUGCAAAGAUGGCGUCGUCCGCCAGUGACGCGGGCCCUGUGAAUGCGCGCCGUAAAGCUCUCUUUGCGGCAGUAUGUUCGAUCUGUGUUGAAACUGGCUUCUCGAGCGCAGAGCGAGUAGCAGUCGAGUCUCUGGUGGAGAUGCUUCAAAGCUGUCUCAUCGAGAUCGCCCGAAGCAGCAGAGCCUUUUGCGAGCUCUCCGGAAGGACCGAGGUCUUGUCCGGAGAUGUCUUCGUGGCCCUCAUCGAAAUGGGCAUUAAUGUGGAAUCGUUAUGGGGCUUCGUCAAGCGUCCGAACCGCAUCACACUGCCAACACCGGGUUUACAGACACGAUCGUCGAUGCCAAAGAUCCUGCAGGCCGGAGACAAGAAGCCCCUGCCGCCUCACAUCCCCGAACACAUGGUGCCCUUUCCCGAUCCACACGCCUACAUACGGACACCGACACACAAGCAGCCUGUGACGGAGUAUGAAGCUAUUCGGGAGAAGCUGGCCAGCCAGAAGCGAGACGUGGAGCGUGCCCUAACCCGUUUUGUGGCUAAGACAGGCCCCACUCAGAGCCUCUUUGCAGACCAGUCAGCUCCAUUCCCUCUGAUAGCUUGCAAGCCAAUGGCCCAGCCAUACCUAGCGGCGCUGCUUCCCAAAGACCAGGUGUUUGAGCAGCAGGAAGAGGAACAGGCCAAGAGCAGCCCCGAAAGACCACCCGAGCUUGUUGAUAACCCUUACCUGCGCUCAGUCAAGAUGCCACGAAAGCGCAAGCGGUGACUUUUGUUGACACAAGGACAAUGUGCACAUGCUUGAGUCAAAGCCUUCAAGAAGAAUGGCUGUAGCAAGCUGGCUACAAGGGGACUCUCCAUAAAGCCGAGCAGGCUUUGAAGUUUUGUUGACCACCAAAUGCUCGUGUCUGAGAAGAAACAGACAGCCAACCAGAGCUUCGAUAUGGCAUCAUUCUUGGCUUGACUUGUUAGUGAUCUUGAUCACUGUGGAAUGUUGAUGACAUGCUUUGCUGUCUUGCAUAGCUGGUUGUGCAUGGAUGUCAUGGAAGAUGGACUGGGUGCAACGGUGAUAGCUUUCCUUUGCAAUGUUGAUGCGGGACCCUAAACAAGUCUUCUGUAGUACGAUGCUGGAGACUUGAAUAGGGUGGCAUCAAGAGUGGACCAGCAUCACUACUGCUACGGGACCGUCAGUAUACAGUCAACAAAAGUGCUGACAUCACCUUGGUGGCAGUAAAGGUUGAGUAGAUGCACAUUAAUAGACUGGCAAUUUUACUGGUGUUCUGCGUCAUACACUGUUUGCAGACAGAACUGUGGACUGGCGUUAUACCAAGAGUUCAGAGGUGACAUGAACCAUUAAAAAAAAACGACGAAUGCCCUGUUUCUAUACUGACUUCUGGUGUUUUAUUCGCAAGACUUCUGUGCUACUCUAAAAUUUUGCCCCCUUUCAGGUGUAAUUUUGUUCCAUAGCUGUAAAUGUAAUACCUGCAGCUGCUCCCUUUCUCAUAAUACAGUGUGCCAAGUACUUUGCUAUCAGGAACACCAUGUGCUUCCAAGAGAUGCUGACUGCAAAGCACAACACGCAUCAUUCAAGAAAAAAAUGCUGGAUGAAUGGAUAC